AUGUCUUUACUCACAUUACCGAAGAGUUUGGCUAAUACAACAAGAGUGCAUGAAAAAUGGCUGCAAAUUAUACAGGCUGCUCAAGAUGCCGUGGCAGAUGAUAUGGAUCAACAGAAUUUCACAGCAAAAGGAAUACGCAUAAAAGAGCGUGCAAUCCCACCAGAAAUACUUGGCAGAAACUAUAGCAGAUACUGCUACCUCAUCAACCAGAUGUAUGACGCCUUCUUAAACAAUGUACAUCUGCAGAGAGCCACAUACAUACAGGAGAUUAUCAAUAUUUGUAUGAAGAGAUUGUUUGAACUUCGCGAUGAGCUAGUACAUGUGAUAGUCAACGACUAUGUCUACUUUGACGCUGCAUUAGUUCAACUACAGAUGACCCCUUUUGAUAUAGAGAUAAUAGUUCCUUACCAUUUCCCCCUGGAAUGCCGGAAGGACUCGGUAGAGAAAUUUCUACAAAAAUUGUGGGCAGACGCUGUUAAGAGAAAAACCAAAGGGCAAAGUAUACUUGAUAUGCAAGACCAAGAAGAGGUAUACAUUACAUCAUCAUCAUCAUCAUAUCAGCUACAAGAUUCACUACCUCGCAUCGUCCCCCCCCCAAUGCUACAGAUCGGCUGGUUGGAAGUAUAA